AUAAUUGACCGUAUUGAAAUGUCUGCGCAGUCAGUCUGUACUCUAUUCUCUGUAGCAGUGCUUUCAAUUUGUCUAAUGAGCGACCAAAAAUUCAUAGAAAGUAUUGAAGUUAUUUGUACACUUUAUGGUUCACUUCUAGACAAUUUUAAAGAACAAGCAUUGUCAUGGUAUGAUCUAUGGAAAAAUAAAGAAGUCGAACCCACCAUGAAAUUAAUUGAUAUUCUCGAUUACACCACAUAUUACCCAGCGGUAUGCCAAGCUAUACAAAUUGCAAUUACUUUACCUGUAACUUCCUGCUCAGUAGAACGAUCGUUUAGCACUUUACGCCGUUUAAAGACUUGGAUUAGAAAUAGGAUGGGAAACGAAAGACUGAGUAGCUUGGGGUUGAUUAAUAUACACCGCCAAAGGUAUGAUCAUAAACAAUUUUUGAAUCAACAAAUUGAUGAUUCAAUUAAUUUGUUUGCUUCAAACAAAAGGAGAUUGUCAUUACUUUUUGAAUAAUAAUAAUAUGAUGAUAAUAUGAUAUAAAUUAAAUUAAAUAAAGUGGUUUUUUGUUUAAAAUGUAUUAAGUAUGUUCUUUCUUAUAAAUAUUAGAACUAAUAGUGUAAUUUUAUAUAAAGUUAAAUUUGUUUUUAUUUAAAAAAAAUUUUGUUUGCCCCCCCUGAGCUGCAUCUCUGCGGGCGUGCCUGUAUACAUAUUAUUAUGCAAUGUACAUAUUUUAAUUGAAUUAAAAAUAAUUUCAUCGACGAUAGAGCGCAUACGAAUUUUGUUUAGCCAGAUAGCUGCGGCAUCAUUUUCAUUUUGUUGUUUAAAAACGACAAUAGCAUAAUAUAAAAAUAUAAUUUGCUUUAUA